GGGAACGGGAGGUUUGAGCACCCCGGACCCAUGAGCGAACAAUAACACUUCUGCAGUCGACGAGUGAGAGCGGAAUCGAACGGAGAGCAAUCAUCACCACGAGCAUAUUUAUUUCUGAAUCGUCUCGAGAAGCCAUACCAGACAAGUGGAAUAUCUAGUCUACCACGGCUUCUUUCCAAUAUCUGGGGAGGUCCCACGAUCGCCAGGGACCAUCUGAAACGAGAAAGCCAGGGGAGGAACAAAAAUUGUGAGAGACAUCUACUACAGUCAUGUCAUUAACAUGUUCCCUCCCAGAGGAAAUGAGUGUGCUGCUCAUCUGAGAAUGAGCGAAUAGUGAACCCACUCAUCGAGUUGCGGCGAGUGGAUGUAUGAUUAGUGAGUGAGAGACAGUGUGGAAUACAUCAGGGACCAACCUACAAGUGGGGACAGAGGAGGAAGUGGUGGUGGUGUUGGCAAUAAUACUGAUAAUAAUCAUAAUAAUAAUAACAACAACAGCAUCAGUGAGUGGUAGCUCGUCUCCUUCUCCCUUGGGUGACGCUUUUUGGCCAGGCUUUGGCCGUGUCACAUCGGUUCCUAAUUAGACUGGACCAUCAUCGGCCAGUGGCCUUGGAUCGAAGAAUCCAAUUGACUUUUGUGUCUUUGUGUCUCAUUCAAGGCUCCGGGAAAUUGGAACGAAGGCCAGAAAUAAUAUCGUUGUGGCUUGUCACUGGGUGAUCCAAUCGUGGGACAAUCAUGCCUUCAGCCGCCAGUUUGGAACAGCUCAAGGAGAGACUUUGUCGGAGAGAACACUUGAACCAUACGGAGUGUGAGAAGGCGUCUCUUCCGACGUUAGAGCACGCCUCCUUGGUCCACUCUCACAUUCACCACCCCAAUGGUAUCAACGAUGGACAAGACUCGGCGGCUUUGGCCUCCACAGCCGACGCUGCCGCGGAUUCCUACAACCAAACACGAAACGCCAUUGUCUACAUAUCCCUGGUCGUGGUUGUGUACAUCGUCGUGAUACUCUGGUUGGUGUCGGCCAAUUUCAGAUCGGCGGCUGUGGUAGCUGCCUCCAAUUCUCGUCGUAAAGGCUUCACCCGUCGAUUCUUUGACGCAGUGGCCGGCACUUUCAAUGGAGACUCUGAUGAAGAGGAGGAACUCAUCGAGGCCGAGGCUCUACUCGUGGUUCAAGACGAGAAAUGCCGAAAGAAACCUCGCGUUACCACGUACUUCGAGGAGGAGUGCGAAGGAGAUCCAGUGUAAAAAAUCCCAAUACAGACCGUCAAACCAGACCACCCCCGUCACAAACUAAUCAACCAUCACCACUCAACGACGCUGAAUCGAGUCUGCUUUCAAUCCAAAUGAUGCUCACACCAGGGUGUCACAACUCCAUCUUAAGGCAGUAUGGGUCCUUUAAGUCAGAAUAUACGUAAAAGACUCGUUUUGUAAUCGGAAGUGUAUCAUCUAUCAGCAUCUAUCGUUCGGCGGAAGUGGGUUUGAAGCGAUUGAAAGUGGGCGAGAAUGCGAUUCCAACAUAUCAAUUCAGUCUACAUGUUCAAGCGUAUUUUGUUAUCUCAUCAAUAAACAUAGUUUACAAA